AUGAUACAAGAAGUUGAUAAAAUGAUUAGUGAUUAUUUGGUACGAAUAAAAAAAUACGAAGAUGAAGUCGAACAUCAUCCAAUAGAUAAAUUUUAUUAUAAAUGGGAAGGUUUACAAGCAUUAAAUUAUCAAGAGCAUGAAAACAGUGUUACUAAUGUAAUUUAUAGUGAACAAAUAUCGUUUAUGAAUUCUCAACCAUUACCAUCAUUAUUUACAUUAGAUUAUUUAAAACAAUUACAUGCUGAACAUAUACAAUAUGCACCAUAUACAAGUCAAUAUGUGCCGGAGUUGCAAGCACAAAUUAGAAUAUUGAUUCCGUCCGGUCGAUUUAAACUGACACCAAAUUCGGCAACACGAAAGGAUGGCAAAUUAUUUCAAUUUUGUCCACCAUCUCAAGUUGAAGAGCAAGUAAAAUUAUUAUUUUCGUUGUAUGAAAAAUAUGAAAAGGAAAAUAUUGAUCCAAUUGUACUAGCUGCUUGGUUUCAUGCAGAAUUUAUUCGAAUUCAUCCAUUUGUUGACGGUAACGGUCGUAUUGGUCGUCUUUUAUCGAGUAAAAUAUUGAUGAAAAAUGAUUUAUUACCUUUGAUUGUUGAGAAGAGAAACAAAAAUAGUGCAAAUCAAGUAAGCAAAACCCGUCGAACAGCAACAAAUAACAAUGCAAAAGAUCAUCAAAAUCAUUUAUUUGGUCGGUCUCUUCAUGUUGGUGGCAAUCUUCAUGGCAGAAACAAGAGCAUUUAG